UAACUCUGUCUGGUUGGAGGAGCGUGAGAUGCAUCUACACAGAUUCCUGUGGAGAGACAGCCCAGAAAAGGAGAUCUGUGAAUACGCAAUCACCAGAGUUAACAUCGGUGACAAACCCGCUGGUUGCAUUGCACAGUUGGCUAUGAGGGAGACUGCGAACCUGCCCAAAUUCACUCACUUGGUGGAUGAACGAAGAGUUAUCGAAGAAGACAGUUAUGUGGAUGACCUCUUAACCUCCCACAAUGACCUGCACAGACUUGACAACAUCACAGCAAAUGUUGAAGAGAUUCUAAAAGCUGGAGGCUUCUUCCUUAAACCAUGGGUCCGGUCAGGGCAAAGUGGGAGGAAAGGAGCUGAAGCAGAUGUCCUAAGCCAGGAGCAAAGGAAAACCUUAAUUCUUCCAAACCAAAUGAGGGAAGGGGACAACAAAGCCUUGGGCAUUGGCUACCAAGUGGAUGAGGACAAGCUCUACAUGCUGACCGCUGUGAACUUUUCUAAAAGGAAGAAGAAAAUGCGAGUUGGCAAAGAUCUUCUCGAAGAGGAGGUGAGAACUGAAACACCUAACCCACUGACUAGAAGAGCUCUCUUAAGCCAAGUUGCUGCACUGUAUGACCCAAUUGGCCUAGUUGCACCGGUCAAGCAGAAAGGAGCGAUUCUUGUUCGUAAAGCAUUUCAAGAAGGAGGGGGUGGCAAACUGACCCAAGAAACCUGGGAUCAACCUCUCUCAGAAGGCCUCAGAGAAGAAGCUAUACAGCUUUUCGAAGAAUAUGUGCAGCUUGGUCGAGUGAAAUUCCACAGGAGCCUCACACCAUCUGACUGGAAAGGUAAACCUUGGGGCAUCACAUUCUCUGAUGGAAGUGACAAAACAUACGGAGCUGUCAUGUACUUAAGAUGGGAAACAACUCAAGGCAUUGAAGUCCGGUUAGUGGAAGCCAAAGCCAAACUCACACCCCUGGAUCAAAAGGGAGAUGCUGUGAAGGCAGAAAUAUGUGGCGCAGUCUUUGCAGCUAGGAUCAGGAAGUACGUGGAGAAGCAUGCACGAUUGAAGAUUGAGAGAUGGUUCCAUCUACUGGACAGUCAAAUAAUCCUAGGAGCCAUUCAGCGAGACAAUUAUGGAUACCAAACCUUCUUCGCAAACAGAGUAGGUGAAAUCCAGAAGGCUGGGCCAGUGCAAGACUGGUGGUGGAUUCGUGGAGAUCUAAAUAUAGCUGACAUCAUAACAAGAGGAGGCACUCCUGACGAUUUGAAGGAGAGUUCCACAUGGCAAAAUGGACCAGAGUUCCUGAAGUGGCCAGUGGAGGAGUGGCCUAUUCAUUCAGCUGGAGAAGUUGCAGCCCAGGCCAGGGAGAGUGUAAACAAGCUUCAAAGCAAGGCAUUUUCAGCUGUACUGACCAGAGCUCAAGCCAAAAUGAGUCAACAGAAUGAAGAUCCACUAACCACUCAGGAAAGUCCUUGUCAAGAGGGAAAAUCCACUCUGCCAAGAAUGAGGCCCACUGGCUGGGUUAGACAUCUCGUGGACAUAACACGGUUCAGUAGUCUGACCAAACUGAAGAGAGUAAUUGCCUGGAUCCGUCGAGCUGCCGAGCAGUGGCUGAAGAGGAUUUUAAACCCAAAACGGCCAAAGUGGGACGCAACAACACCCAAGCUGGCUGGAUUGACCAGCAAAGAGCUUGAGGAUGCAAGUGACGACCUCUUACUAGCAGCUCAAGUCGGUGUAACUUUUCCAGAAACAACUCUCAGCAGAUUAGCAGUAUACAAAGAUGUGAACACUGGGCUCCUACUUUGUGGUGGUAGAAUCCAGAUGUUCAAUGAGGAGAAGACGGCCGUGCCAGUUCUGCCAUUUGAAGCAUGGGUGUCUACUCUGCUGGCACGAGAAUCCCAUGAAGUUAACCAUGAGGGUGUAGCAGCAACCCUUCUCCGGAUGAGGAAGACAGCCUGGGUAAUAAAAGGCCGAAGAAUUGCCAAGAAGAUGGUUGACAGUUGUGUGAGCUGCAGGAAGAACAGGGCGAAGCAGUGUCAACAAAUAAUGGCGCACUUGCCUCCAGAGCGAACAGGCCCAGCUGCUCCUUUCGAAUUCACCACCUUGGAUCUAUUCGGUCCAUAUGAAGUGAAAGAUGAAGUUAAGAAAAGAACCAGACUCAAGGUAUGGGGAAUUGUCUUCUGUUGCAUGGCCUCCCGUGCCAUACACACUGACGUGGUAAGUGACCAGUCAUCUGAAGGUUUCCUGCUGGCCUACCAAAGGUUCACGUCACUGAGAGGGCACCCCAGGAAACUUUGGUCAGACCCUGGUACUAACUUUGUUGGAGCCAAACCUGCUCUGGAGAAGCUAUACAAAUUCUUUGACCAACUGGACAGGUCUCAAUUUGAAGACCUAUCUGCCAAGCAUGGAACGGAAUGGUCUUGGAAGAUCCACCCCUCAGAUUCUCCGCAUAGAAAUGGUGCAGCAGAGGCGGCUGUCAGAAUAGUGAAGCGGGCUCUAAGCAACCUUGGUGGAGAUGGUGUUUUCACCUGGGGUGAAUUCCAAACCUUUCUCUUUAUGGCAGCCAACCUUGCUAACGAAAGACCUAUUGAUGCCAGAACUCAAAGUAGGGAAGACUGUGUAGAGUACAUUACCCCAAAUUCUCUGCUUUUAGGGCGUGCAAACCCAAAGGGAGACCCUGGAGACUUCCAGUUCGAUGGCUAUCCAUAUAAAAGGCUUAAAAGUAUCCAAACAGAAGUCAGCAAGUUCUGGAAGAAGUGGAGCCAAUUGGCUGGACCAAACCUGUUUGUACGGAACAAAUGGCACACUAAAGAGCGAAAUGUUGCUGUUGGAGAUGUGGUCUGGUUGGCUGACCAAAAUGCUCUGAGAGGACAGUACAGACUGGCCAGAGUUGUCAGCGUCAACACUGACAACAAAGGCAUUGUAAGAGAUGUGCUUGUGAGGACCUUUCCCAGCUAUCCUGUUCCCAUCAGAAAGGCAGCUGGAAAGGAGCCGGCCGCAGGAUCCAACAGGGUUAAACAAAAAAUCCCGGCCACAACCCUUCAUAGAGAUGUAAGGCGCCUUGUCAUUCUGAUUCCCAUUGAAGAACAAGAGUGACGGACUGGUGUGACCUCAUUGGGUUUGAGAAACCAUGAGCUCAAGUGGGAGGUGUUGGGUUAUAACUGAACAAUUGAAGGUCUAAGGUUGCCACCACCGUCAAACUACAUUUCCCAUAAUGCACCAACAAAAUGGCUGCUGAUCACAAAUGAAAACACCUGAACAGGAAUGGUAGCUCAGUCUUCAAACAAGCCAAGGAACAGCACAGCAAGCUCUACUCAAGAGUUUACUCCAAAGACACCAAUGGUUAUCAACCUGACGGUUCAAGCAUUGGUUGAUUAACUUGAAACCAACAAGUCUAAGUUGGUAAAUAAAACUCAACGAAAGGUGAAUCAAGAGUUGUCCCGGUGUGUCCUUUUGGAGUGGAACUAGAGUGGAACUUAACAGUUGAUAACCAACGGAGCAGCCUGGAGUGGAAGAUAAAGGGCUUCAUACCAGAUAAGCUGUGGACGGAAAAAGGAAAUAAAGAUGGCUGAAGAGGUCUUGGGGAAGACUGUCAAACUACUGAAGCAGGAGAGGACCAUUGCAAAGAGCAGCUUCACCAAACUGGCCAACUUCAUUUCAAGGGGAGCAAACACUAUGCUGAGAGCCGAAUUAAAGGAGGAAUUUGGAAAACUUUCAGACCGGUUCAGGUCAGUGCUUGAUUCUAAUGAGGACUACAGGAUCGGACUGGAGGCUGACGUCAAGGCGGCGGAUAAUGAAGCAGAACUUGAUAAGCAGCAAGAAACCGACAUAAAGACAACCAUAAAAGAUGCAGAAAUUAAAAUGGAGGAGGUAAGGGACAUUGUACAAACUAACCUGUGGGGAAGAUAUGGAAAGAACGAACUUAGAACAUCGAUUCUUGAAGCAGAAGAAGCAAUUGAUGAAGCUGACAGGGUUCAAGUCAGAAGUGACAAUCUAGAAGGCUAUGAAGUUCACCUCACCUUAUUGGAAGAAAAGAUAAACGCAGCCAUCUCAGCAAUGUCUGAGUGGGAGAGAUGGAUCCCCGAAUCAUCAAAAGAUGAACUGGCUGGGAGACUUAAAGAACUGAGAGCAACCCACAACAGGCUACAAUUGAGAAAAGCAGAGUUUGCCAUAUCGAGGAGGCUGGCUGAUCAAGGCACAAGUGGGAAACCUGUCCAACCACCACCACCUGUUGUGAAGAUAAAACCAACUACUCUGCCUGUCUUCCAGGGAAGUAAGAGAGAGUUCCACAGGUGGAGAAAGGACUGGGAGAGCCUGCAAAGGCAGGGGGAGCCCACUGGCUCACCUGAAGUUCUGAAGAUUCAGCUUCUGGAGAGUGUGAGCGAGACCAUUGCAAAAGAAUUAAGACUUUCAACCUAUACAACAGCAGCUGACAUGUUCAGGGUCCUGGACAAUAGAUACGGCAACAAGUCCACCAUUACAGUUGAAAUCCUCGAAGAACUAGACAAUAUGCCUCCAGUGAAGGGGAACCAGCCGAGGAAAGUCAUUGACCUGAUUCAAUCUGUGGAGAAGGCACUGGCAGAUCUGACAGAGCUGGGGAACGUGGGAGCCAUGAAAAAUCCAUUAGUCAUCAAGUCCAUUGAAAGCAAGUUACCCGACUUCAUAAAAAGAGACUGGCUAAUGUUCCUGGUCAACCCUGAAAAUAAUGUCACUGCAGAUACUCACUUUGACAUGCUCUUGAAAUUCCUGAAGAAUCAAGAAGAGAUACUGGAGAGACUUGAACAACUUAAAAUUGUGGACAAGAUAGACAAGCCAGAGAAAAGGCAUGAAAGAAAGACUGCAUCAACCAGAGCUACAAAGAAAGAAGUUGAUGAGGGCUGUGGUGUCUGUGGUGAUCGUGGACACAGCAAAAAGGUCUUCUUCUGCAAGAAAUUUAAAGCUUUGAAACUGUCCGAAAAGAAGUCUGUUCUAAAGAAACUGGGAGCAUGCAGCAAAUGCUUAGGAUACCAUGAUGAUGACGGAUACUGCAGGGAAAAUUUUUUAUGCAGGAAUACAGACUGCAAAACGGGAGGAACUGGUUCAGACCACCAUUAUUUCCUGUGCCCAAAAACUGAAUCCAGAAGAGGAGAAGGGGGUAAAGGUGGAAGAGAUGAAAGAAGUAAAGGGAAGUUCACAGAGGAACAGGAGAAGUUCUUGUCACAACUUUCCCCAGAACUAGCAGAGCAAUGUCGAAAGGCAUUCACUAACAGGUCCUCAGUGACACUCAAAACAGCAGGCCAGUCUGAGCUACUGAAGAAGAAUGGGCUGAUUGAACUUCCAGUGAUCAUGAUGCUGAUGCAGGUGACGGCGAACGCAGGUCAAAAGAUCGGUACCCUCAUUGACCUAGCAUCUGACACCAAUUACAUAACCCACAAAGCUGCUGAAAGAUUGGGCCUGAGGAGUGAAGAGAUAACCCUGGUCAUACAUGGGGUUGGUGGAAUGACUAUGCGAGUCAAUACAAGAAGGUACCUCCUAAAGGUCAGAGUCAAGACUCCAAAAGGGACUGAAAGAGCACAUCAACUAGUCUGCUAUGGCCUGGAUGAAAUUGCUAAGGUAUAUCAAACAAUUCAGCCUGAGAAGUUAAAAAGAUUCUUCCCAGAUGUCCAGCUCGAAGACCUGAAGAGACCAGCCGAAGUUGAGCUUCUCAUAAGCCACCGUGAGGGAAGACUUGCACCUCAAAGAGUCAAAGUCAUCGGAGACCUUGUUUUGUGGGAAAGCCCAUUGGGGAAAACAGUGGGCGGAGCCCAUCCUGACUUAUUUGAAGAAGUGGAGGUGGCAGCAUAUGAGUCAAGAACCCAUUUCGCUCGCUCCAUGCGAACCGCUGCUGUCAGAUAUCAGGAGAUCACAGUUCCAACAACCAAACCAGGCUGGCAACUGCAGGAAGAUGCGCUGUCCAAAUUUACAUCUGCCAGUAACCGUGGGUUCCUUGAGUGGUGGCACUGGGACAGCAUCGGAGCCGCAUGCGAGCCAAGAUGUGGAGGGUGUCGAUGUGGAAACUGCUCACCAGGAGGAAGAGACAUGACCUUAGCAGAGGAGAGGGAGCUUGAGAUCAUUAAAGGAGGCCUCACCUACAAGGAAAGGGAUGCUCACACACCUACACCACACUGGGAUGCAAAGUAUCCUUGGACUGAAUGUCCUACAUCUCUCCCUGAAAACAAAAGGGCAGUCCAGGCUUGCUUCUUAAGGAUGGAAAAGCAACUAAGCAAGGAACCAGAAUGGAAAGUCGCUUAUGCAACCCAAAUCCAUGAAAUGGUCGAAAGAGGUGUAGCCAUGAAACUCACCAGUGAAGUCAUGGAGAAGUGGACGGGACCAGUGUGGUAUGUCAGCCACUUGGUGGCGCCUAACCCUCAUUCAGUGACAACACCAGUUCGCAUUGUCUGGAACAGUAGCCAGAAAUACAAAGGGGUAAGCAUGAAUGAUCUUCUUCUAAAGGGACCAGAUGUCCUUAACCCCAUCAGAGCCGUCCUACUAAGAUUUAGAGAAGGCGUGCAUGCAGCUCUAGGAGACGUAAAGAUGAUGUAUAACUCUGUCUGGUUGGAGGAGCGUGAGAUGCAUCUACACAGAUUCCUGUGGAGAGACAGCCCAGAAAAGGAGAUCUGUGAAUACGCAAUCACCAGAGUUAACAUCGGUGACAAACCCGCUGGUUGCAUUGCACAGUUGGCUAUGAGGGAGACUGCGAACCUGCCCAAAUUCACUCACUUGGUGGAUGAACGAAGAGUUAUCGAAGAAGACAGUUAUGUGGAUGACCUCUUAACCUCCCACAAUGACCUGCACAGACUUGACAACAUCACAGCAAAUGUUGAAGAGAUUCUAAAAGCUGGAGGCUUCUUCCUUAAACCAUGGGUCCGGUCAGGGCAAAGUGGGAGGAAAGGAGCUGAAGCAGAUGUCCUAAGCCAGGAGCAAAGGAAAACCUUAAUUCUUCCAAACCAAAUGAGGGAAGGGGACAACAAAGCCUUGGGCAUUGGCUACCAAGUGGAUGAGGACAAGCUCUACAUGCUGACCGCUGUGAACUUUUCUAAAAGGAAGAAGAAAAUGCGAGUUGGCAAAGAUCUUCUCGAAGAGGAGGUGAGAACUGAAACACCUAACCCACUGACUAGAAGAGCUCUCUUAAGCCAAGUUGCUGCACUGUAUGACCCAAUUGGCCUAGUUGCACCGGUCAAGCAGAAAGGAGCGAUUCUUGUUCGUAAAGCAUUUCAAGAAGGAGGGGGUGGCAAACUGACCCAAGAAACCUGGGAUCAACCUCUCUCAGAAGGCCUCAGAGAAGAAGCUAUACAGCUUUUCGAAGAAUAUGUGCAGCUUGGUCGAGUGAAAUUCCACAGGAGCCUCACACCAUCUGACUGGAAAGGUAAACCUUGGGGCAUCACAUUCUCUGAUGGAAGUGACAAAACAUACGG